AUGCUAUCCGCAGUGGCAUCCACCUCAUCCCUCAUCCAAUUCUCCACGUCAUCACCACUCGCAUCUCAACGAAAAAUCAGUGAAAUAUCGAAUCCCACUGAAUCUCUCUAUCGAAAAUGGUCUCAUGUUGGAACUCCGCCGAGGAGCUCAACGAGCACAAUGAUUGCUGGAAAUGGAUCAUCGAAUCAUCAAAAAGGAGUCCUUCAGUCAACACUAUCAAUGUCGGCCAAAGAUCGAGCCAGGAAGUUUUCGGAGAAGAUUGCUUCCUGGGUCAGCAUGAGCAUUUGUGAGUAA